AUGGAUAAUAAGAAUUUGAAAAUAAAUAUACAUCAACCAUCAAAAGAAUCUUUAAAUAAUUUAAAUAAUUUAAAUAAUAAUAUAAAUGGUAAUAACAAUACCAUAAUAGAUGAACAAACCCCAAGAACUAUAUUAUCAACUGAAGAUAUAACACAAGGUCCAACUCAUACUUAUGAUUCAAUAUUAAUUAAUAAAUCAAAUAAUAAUAAUUAUCAGAAUCAACUGAUGAAUAAUAAUAAUAAUCAUUUACAUCCUAGAAGUCAUUCACAAAAUGGAUCUAUUUUAAAUUCAAAGCAACCACCACCAAAACAACAACACAUUAAUGUAUUUAAUGAUCUAAUAAAUAAACAAUCAUCUGAUUAUAGAGAUAUAAAAUUUAAAGACAAAAUAAAUUCUCAAAAUCAAUCAACAAACAACACCACCGCCAACACCACAACCAUCACUAAAAACUUCAUAAAUAAUGUUUCAUUCGAUGAUAUGAAUAGAAGAUUUGAUGAUGAUAGUGAACCAGAUUCAGAUGAUGAUAUUGGAUGGGAUUUAUAUAAUAUAAAAAGAGGAAUCGUCAAACCAAAAGAAUUUAAAUCACAACAAAUUGAUAUAAAUAGUUAUUUAUCAAUUGGUGGAUCAACUUCAGCUACUAUAAAUAAUGGGAAUAAUGGAACUAGAAGAAAUUCUAUAAAUCCUGAAGAAAUUAAAUAUCCAAAAAAACCAUCAUUAGAUCCUGAAGAAAUAAAAUACCCCAGAAGAACAUCAUUAAAUCCUGAAGAAAUUAAAUAUCCAAGAAGAACUUCAUUAAGUCCAGAAGAAAUUAAAUAUCCAAGGAGAACUUCGUUAAAUCCUGAAGAAAUAAAAUACCCAAGAAGAAAUUCAACAAACAAUAAUGAUUUAGAUUUACCAACAAAUUCAAAUUCAACAAAUUCAAAAUUAAAUUAUAAUCUUUAUCAAACAAUUCCAAUAACAAAUUUAAGAAGUUAUUCUAUAUCAAAAAAGCAUAAAUUAUAUGAUAAAUUAUAUAAUAAUGAAAUUUUACCUAAUUUACCAAUUUUACCAAAUAGAACAAUAUUAAUUUAUAUAAGUUCAAGAAUUCAUACUUGGGUAGCAUUAGAUUGGAUAUUAACAAAAUUUAUAGAAAAUGGUGAUAAAAUUAUAAUAGUAUCAACAAUUGAUCCAAAUAUAUUUGAAAAUAAUAAUAAGAAAUGUAAGAAUAAGAAACGAAGAAAAAGUUCAACAACUCCAUUAAAUAAUGAUGUGUCAAUAGAUGAAAUGGAAUUUGAUUCACCAAUUGAUAGAUAUAAUUAUAAAAGUUUACCAGAAAAUUUAAUUCAUAUAACAAAAAACCUAAUGAAAUAUAUUUUAAACAUAAUAAAUCCAAAUCUUAUUGUUGAAUUUACAGUUGAAUUAGUUGCUGGAAAAACAAAACAAGUUUUAAAAGAUAUGUUUAAAUUAUAUGAACCAAAUUUAAUGUGUAUUGGAGCAAAACAUAAUAGAUAUGUUGGUGAACCCAUAUCUACAUUUAUAACUUCAAAAUUAAGUGGUAGAUUAAUUAAAAUUUUCCCAUUACCUGUUAUUGUUGUUCCAGCAGUAAAUAUGAAUGAAUUUGAAAAUAAUUUGAAAAAUCAAAUUAAUGGUGAAACUGGGGAUUCUAAAGUUGAAAAUGAAAAUAAGGAUAAAAAGACAGAUGAUAAUUUAAAUUCAAAAAGAUCAAGAUCAAUUUCAUCAAUUACUUCUGAAUCAAUUUCAAAUUCUUCAAAUAGUGAUGAAAUAAAUAGUAUAGCAUCAAGUUUAAGUUGUAAUUCAAAUUCAAACACUAACUCAAAUGAACAACCAAUACCAUAUGAUUCAACAACAAUAAUAUCAGAAAAAUAUAAUGAAUAUAAAAUACAUUUAAAUUUAAAAAUUAAUGAAAUUAAGAAAGAUUCAUCUUUUGCAAACGAUGAAAAUUACUACUCCAAUUUAAUAUCAACUAUAUCAGAUAAUUCUUUAAAUUUAUGUAAUUCUUUAUUAGUAUUAAAACCAAAUAUUUUAGAAAAUUAUGAAAGUUGUAAAAUUGCAAAAUUAAUUACUGGUUCAAGUUUAUUCGACAAUGAUAAAAUUUAUUCAACUAAAUCGCUUUUGGAUCCCGUAGUUGAAAAGAAAAAAGUUAUAAAUAUACCAAAGGAACAUAAAAUGUCAUUUAAAGAAGUUAGAGAACAAUUAAAACAACAACAAUUACAACAAAAAUUACAAGAACAACAGGAUCAACAACAACAACAACAACAACAGCAAGAAGAAGAAGAUCAAGCUUUACAAUCACCAAUUGAAGACUCAACUAAUCAAACAAGUCUUAAAUGGAGUCUAGGUUUAGAAAAACCAAUACGUAAUUAUACAACAACAAAUAGAGAUUUAUCAAAUGGUUCAUCAUCAAUAAAAUCUUUAGGACUUGGUUCUGGUAGUGGUGAUAAUUUAAGUAAAAAUUCAACAAAUUCAAAUGAAGAUAUAAAUUUAUUAAAUAGUGAAGAAAUUAUUAAUAAUGCUGGUCAAAUUAAUAAUAAUCAAAAUAAUGAUUUAAAAAUUAAAAAGAAAAAAUCUAAAAAAUUUUGGAAAUUAUUUGGGAAAUAG